AUGUUAGCAUUAACAGAAUUCGAUUUGCAAUAUGUCCCAGCGAAAGCUGUUAAAGGACAGGUCAUUGCAGACUUUCUUGUGGAUAAUUCGAAAGGUCUGAAUGACCAGGGGGCAUAUAUUAUUGAUAUAGAGGUCAAUUAUUGGAAAUUGUAUUUUGAUGGAUCUAAGCACAAAGAUGGUGCAUGGGUUGGAAUCCUUAUUAUUUCACCUGAGGGUGUUCCAUCAGAAUUUUUGUUUGAAUUAAAGUAUCCUUGCUCUAAUAAUGUCGCUGAAUAUGAGGUUUUAAUUUUAGGUCUCGAAAUUUUAAUUGACAAAGGAGCUUUAGAGGUUCAAAUUCUAGGAGAUUCACAGUUGGUUUUAAAGCAGUUAUCAAAGGAGUUUAAAUGUAACAAUGAAAUGUUACAGAAAUAUUUAGUAACUGCUUGGGAGAUAUUAACUUCUUUUCAGAAGGUUUCUUUGGUACAUAUCCCUAGAAUUUGUAAUGAAAUUGCUAAUGAAUUGGCCCAAAUUGCUUCAAGAUAUCGGGUUAGCCCGGAAACUAUUAGAAAAUUUUCUAGUAUCCAUCAAAUUUUAGUGCCAGCAAGUGAAAGAGAAGUGCUGUGUAUGGAUGAAUGGGAGGAUUCUGAUUGGAGAAAGCUUAUUGCUCAGUAUUUGAAAGAUCCCAAUACUAUAGUUGAUAGAAAAAUAAAGUUACGGGCAAUGAACUUUGUUUUAUUGGCUGAUGAGUUGUAUAAAAAAGGGAUUGAUGGAAGUUUGUCGAGAUGUUUAGGUCGAGAAGAUCAGAAUGUUGCUCUGAGCGAGGUUCAUAAUGGAAUUUGUGGUGCUCAUCAGGUAGAAAGGAAAAUGAGAUGGGUGUUAUAUCGAAAUCAUAUAAAUUGGUCGUCUAUGAUAAAAGAUUGUAUUGAUUAUGUAAAAGCAUGUCAGGAAUGUCAGAAACAUGGCUCGAUACAACAAAUCCCGGCAGCUGAGUUACAUUCGAUAAUAAAGCCAUGGCCAUUUAGAGGUUGGGCUUUGGAUCUAAUUGGCUUGAUUCAUCCUCCUUCAUCAAGACAACACAAGUUUAUCUUAGUGGCUAUUGAUUAUUUUACGAAGUGGGUUGAGGCUAUUCCGUUAGUAGAAGCUGGGCAAACUGAGAUAAUUGACUUUAUUGAAGAAAAUAUUAUCCAUCGAUUUGGAAUUCCUCAGACAUUAAGUACUGACCAAGGAACUAUGUUUACUGGUCAAAGAAUUAAAAACUUUGCAGCUUCGAGGAAUAUUAAUAUGGUUACUUCGACUCCUUAUUAUGCACAAGCUAAUGGCCAAGUUGAAGCAGCAAACAAGAUAUUGAUAGGCUUGAUUAAAAAUCAUAUUGGGAAUAGGCCUCGAACAUGGCAUGAGACUUUAAGUCAAGUGUUAUGGGCUUAUCGAAAUUCACCAAGAGGUUCGACAGGAACCUCACUUUAUAAAUUGGUGUAUGACCAUGAUGCAGUAUUACCAUUGGAAAUUAAUUUGAAUACCUUGAGGGUAUCGAAACAAAACAAUUUGGCGGUCGAUGAUUAUUGGAAUGCAAUGUUUGACGAGUUAAAUGAGUUAGAUUCAGAGCGAAUCUUAGCACUAGAGAAUAUAAUUCGACAGAAAGAAAGUAUUGCUCGAAGUUAUAAUCGUCGAAUUUUUAGAAAAUCUUUUUAG